AUGGCGGAAAAUUGUGCUGUAGUUCUUCACGGACCGAAUGACCUGAGAAUUGAAAAGCUGCCAAUUCCAACAAUAAAUAAUAAUGAGGUCUUAAUAAAAGUGUCCUGUGUCGGAAUCUGUGGAUCGGAUCUCAAAAUCUAUUCGACGGGUCGAUGUGGGCAAGAAUCCGUUACAGAGCCUUUAAUUAUAGGACAUGAAGGAUCAGGAACCGUAAUAGAAGUAGGUUCUGCUGUAAAGAACUUCAGGGUUGGUGAUCGUGUGGCAAUUGAGCCCACCCAGCCAUGUAGAUCCUGCGAGUUUUGUCGCGGAGGCAGGUACAAUCUAUGCGAGAAUCCACACUACUGUGCUACUACAGGCGUUUCAGGAAACUUGUGUACCUACUAUAAACACGUUGAAGAUUUUUGUCACAAAAUACCUAAUAACGUAUCGAUGGAGGAGGGUGCAGCGGUACAACCUUUAGCGAUUGCGAUACACGCUUGUAAUCGCGCGGGAAUCAAACUCGGGAUGAAUCUUGUAAUAUUAGGCGCCGGACCCAUUGGGGUUCUAUGUGCUAUGACUGCUAAGGCGAUGGGCGCUGCUAAUAUAUUGAUAACUGAUAUAGUGGAAUCUAGACUAAAAACAGCUGUGAAAUUAGGAGUUGACUAUACUCUUUUAAUAAAAAAAGAAUACACAGACCAGCAGGUGGCUGAUAAAAUUUUGGAGCUGUUAGGAACAGCACCCAAUAUCACUAUAGACGCGUGUGGCUUUGCGUCAGCGCAGAGAGUUUCUAUGAUGAUAACGCGAACUGGUGGAACAAUAUUGGUGGUGGGUAUUGGUGCAGAAACAGUUGAAAUACCGCUUUCUAGAGCUUUGCUACGAGAAGUGAAUAUUAUUGGGGCGUACCGGCUUUUGAACUCGUACCCAGCGGCUUUAUCCGCAGUGUCAAGUGGGGCUAUAGACUUGAAGUCAUUUAUUACGCACCAUUUCACCAUGAAGGACACCAAAAGCGCUUUUGAAUUGGCUAAAACUGGAGAAGCCAUGAAAAUCAUCAUUCAUGUGUCAGAUUGA